AAUGCAUUUAAACUCUUGGUGGUCAGUGGCGAUAUAGGAUCUGUGUGAGUAAGCCGAAUCAAUUUUCAAAAAUGAUUACAACGACCAAAGUUGUAUUGCUUCUCGUUCUAUUUGAAGCGUGUUUUGGAAUCGAAUAUUACAAAACACACAAUAAAAAAGUCGACAUGGACGCAUUGGUCAAGGAUAAGGACAGGUUCAACGUCGUAACCGAAUGUCUUUUGGAUAUUGGACCGUGUGAUGAAGUAAUACAAAGUUAUAAAGAUAUAACACAAAGUGCAGUAGAAGGAGCCUGUGAUAGAUGCAACUCUGAGUUGAAGCAUUUGGCUGUUGGUUAUAUGCAGGGUCUGGAGAAAAACAAUCCCAAAUAUUAUGCAGAGUACCUGAAGAAGUACGACCCCAACGGUAUAUAUAUGGACAAAUUUAAGGCAGCUAUUGCAGGAUUUUGAGUCACGGCUGAUAUAUAACUUCUAUUGUAAUGAAACUUGUAGCCUUCAAUAAAGCUUUUGUUUGAUACAAA